AUGGCAAAUCUUCCUCGUUUUGGUCGAACAUGGAACCGUUUCUCUUCCCUGCCCCGCCCUGGCACGGCCCCACGGCUUGAUGUUCCGCCGCCGGCUGCCGCGUCGGAGCCGGAAGUUUAUCCACCGCCUCCGCGCACUGCCAAUGUUCUUCAAACUUCUCCUAUUAAAGAAAGGUCUCCUCGAAUCCCAUCUCCGGUCCAGCAGAAAUCGGUGCUUUACCAGAAGACGACUAGCGAGAAGCCUGCGAAAACCGACCACCGAGCAUCGGAGUACAGCUCAGGCAAACCCCAGCAGAAGCAAACGCAUCAGCAGCAAAGUGAUGUUAUAAACAUCAAAGGAGAGAACGUAGGCGCCGUCAUGCACAUCACUCAAUCAUCUGAUGCCACAGAAACCCACAAGAAAAAGCCAACCGUAAGCUACAGCAGCGAAAACGAGAAAGAUUCAAACAAAUCAAGCUCCAACAUGCCUGGAAAAUCGUUCAUGAACAGCAAUUUUCAAGGUGUCAACAACUCCAUUCUCUACAAUUCGUCUUUGAGCCACCGUGAUCCAGGCCUGCACCUUGCUUUCACCAAGAAGCCCACCCAUGCCGAUUCUGUUCAUGAUUCCAGGCACUGA